UACGUUCUCCUUACAAUUCCGAGCCAAAUGCAGUUUCAUAGUUCCGACAGCAAAAUCAAAACACGAUCGAUUGGAGAGGAGUGUUUUCAUACUGAAAGCAAAUAAAUGCGCGGCAAAUAUAGAUAAAGCACACACACAAGAAAAGCAUGUUUGUUUGCUAGCUCGUCGUCACGUCUUUCUCUAAGUGAAUAAUGCAAUGGACACAAGCGAAGAAGUGCUUCACGGUUCCCCGAUGAUUCACGGAAAAGAACAAACCCGAACACGAAUUGAAAAGAGUGGGCCGUCGUCCAGCAGUAACCAGACCACGGACACCCCUCUCUCCCCUAUGGACCCUCUGAACACACUCUCAAACUUUGAAUCAGAGAUGGAGCCGGAUGGACAGGGAAACUACUCACUCUUCCCUGCCUUGGACAGCAUGGCUAGUCUGUCAGGAACUUCAGAAACUCUGGAAACUGAUGCACCCACCGAUGUUGCAGACAAACCCAACCUCACGUGGUUGGAUGCAGCACAGAUUGUCUUGGAGGAAGCUGGGCGUCCCAUGCACAUUAAAGAGAUAAAACAGAGGAUCAUCGAUCGGGGAUUAGUUCAAUCCAAUGCCAAAUCAAGCCUUGAAGCUGUUAUGUAUCGAGAGAGUCCCACUAUGUUACAGACACAGAAAGGGAGCAGGAGAUUCAAGAGGAUUGAGAACAGAAAUGGAGUCUUUGCACUGCUGACGGAUGACGAGAGGCAACAGGCUUUACAGGCCUUCAGCACCCAGUCUUUUCUGGGCUCUCCUCCCCAGACGGCCUUUUCCAGCUCAGGUUCUGCAGCCUCCUUGCCCCCUUUCCCUUCACCUACAGGCUCUUCUGAGCCCAGGCCCAGAGCCAAGAAAAGCCCACGGAAGAACCAGAACGAGAAGUAUCGACAAAAGUACCUCAGACUUCGUAAAGCUGCACGGGCCAUGAUAUUUGAGAAUGCAGCACUCUGCGACGAAGUCGCCCACCUGGAGGAGAAGUUUGUUCGGGCAAAAGAGGAACGCAGGUUCUUACUGAAAACCUUGUUGCAGUACCAGUCUCUGUCUGAUGGGGAUAUCCAGACUGCCCCCAGUACCAGCUCUCACACCCUGGCUAGUUUCAGUGGUGGGCCCCCUGGGGGCUCUGUCCUGCCUGGAGGGCACCCCAGCACGUCAGGGGGAGACGAUGGUCUCCCAAAAAAGCCCAAGAAGGAGAGAAAAGAACGAGGGAGGGAGAACGGAAAAGAGGAAGUUUCUAAAAAGAUGGGUAAGAAGCGUAAGCUUGGCGACGGGGGUUCCCGUAAGCUAGUCCAGCCCAUUUCUCUGGACUCAUCUGGGCGGCCCGUCUUCCCUAUCGUGCUGGGGGGUCUGACCGUGUACAGCCUGGGGGAGAUCAUUCCGGAUAGGAUGUUGUUCCAUGACCAGUGUGCCAUCUACCCGGUGGGCUUUUGCAGUACCCGUGUGUUUGCCAGUAUGAAGAACCCCGAUCAGCAGUGCCUCUUCACCUGUCAAAUCAAAGAUGGGGGUGCAGGACCACAGUUUGAGAUUGUGCCUGAAGAUGACCCUCAAAAUGCCAUAGUUGCCUCUUCUGCCCUGACCUGCCACUCAAACCUUCUGAAGGCCAUUGGAGUGAUGAGUAGGUCAAAGUCUGUCAACCCCAUUAUGCCGUCAGGGGCAGAUUUUUUCGGCUUUUCCCAUCCCACAAUCCAGAAUCUGAUCCAGAGCUGUCCUGGAGCACGCAAGUGCGUCAAUUACCAAUGGAUACGCUUCGAGGUGUGUCGCCCCGGUGACGGGCAGGUUCCACACAGCCUAUCAGAAGAUGAUGCCUCAGUCAAUUUUGAGGCGUACCAGAGGCACCAGACCAUCGAUGAAAGUGUGAAGACAGACCACAGCAUGGCAGGUUCAACUCCAAAAUGUCCCAGUUCCUCUCGUCAGCAUCUCCUGAGCUCACCUUCUACCUCUUACUUCAGUUCCUAAGAUGCCCUCCAAAAACACCACAAGCGUUGAAGAACCCUCAAAUAGAGAGACUAUACAGACCUUGUUUCAAAGGAAGAGUUACUGGACUACUGUUUUGGAACUGAAAUUAACAUUCAUUAUAACCUACAUGACACCAAGGAGGCACAGGUGUGAAUUAUACAAUGACAAUCGGGGGGGGGUCAAUUUCUUCUCCAGGGUGUGUAAUCGAGCCCCCCGACCUGUUGUUUUUAUCUCUUAUGGGGGGAUCCAAAUCUUAAUUAGGAAACCCCCCUGUAAUUUGCACCCUGCAAGAAGGACAGAAAGAAGUUUCCUUGUAGGAAAUGACCAGCAAAUGAAAGUUGUUUUCCAAUUGUAGCGCCCUCUGCUGGGUUUUUUGAUGUACAAGUAAAGUUGUAAAUGUGUUAAAGUUGGCACUUCUGUGACAGUUGAUUUAUUGAACAACUUUAAGAGCUCCUGGUCUGUUUGAACAUUUAAAUAAAAAUAAUCUUGUUACA